AUGCCAAUCCCUUUGUCAGAGCCAGAUGGUGCGACCAGCACGGCCGGCGUGGCUGGCGCGGCUCCCGUGGUGUCCCUCUUGUCGCAAAAGGUGAAAGCUGGCAACGAGCAUGUGAAAGGCCUCGUGGCUAACUUGUGGCGCUCACGAGAGGAUGGAGACUUUGUUUUCAAUGUUUGUGGAGGUUCCUUGAGAGCUCACGGAUGUAUUUUGUCUGCUGCAUCCCCGGUCUUUAAAGCCAUGCUGUCCAGCGGAAUGUCAGAGGGCCUUACCUCCUCUGUGUCUGUGGAUGCGGAUCCGUCGGAGUUGCUGGCGAUGCUUCGCUUCAUUUACUUGGGCGAGUUGGAUGCCACCGGACAGCAGCUUCCAGGUGUCUUGGAGCUAGCUCACAAGUACGAGGUGCUGAACCUCAUACCUCCGGUGUGUGAAGCAAUGAUUGAUCAGUUGACCACUGACAAUGCGGUCUCCUACGUACGUGUGUUGCGUCUGCUUGAGGGCGUGCCGUGUGAGUCCGAUAGGGAGGAGACUGUUAAGGAAUCCGCCGUGCAAGCUUGGAUGGCACUCCCUGGCACUGAGACCCUCCCAAGUGUUCCACCUGCCAACCGUGUGACCUGCACGGGACUAUCACAACCAGUGCAGCCUGUGGAGGCGUUUUCAUGGCGUUUCCACGUUUUGCUUUGA